CACACAGUCUCAGCAGUUCCAACCAUUAUGGCGGCUUACAGAAGCACUGCAGGCUUUUUAAGAGUUUUGCAUGCGGCUAAGCAUGUCUGUCUAAUGCCGAGAUGCAGUGUUUUAAUCUGCCGGUACUCUACAGUUUAUGACCCAAAUGAGAAGACCUUUGAUAAAAUCCUCAUUGCAAACAGAGGCGAGAUCGCCUGCAGGGUGAUUAAAACAUGCAAGAAGAUGGGCAUCAAGACAGUUGCAGUUCACAGUGAUGUGGAUUCAAGUGCGAUUCAUGUGAAGAUGGCUGACGAGGCUGUGUGUGUUGGUCCUGCCCCUACUAGUCAAAGUUACCUGAACAUGGAUGCUCUCAUAAACGCCAUCCGGAAGACUGGUGCUCAAGCUGUUCAUCCAGGCUAUGGAUUCCUGUCAGAAAAUAAAGAAUUUGCGAGGAGACUGGCAGCUGAGGGGGUGACCUUCAUUGGUCCUGACACACAUGCCAUCCAGGCCAUGGGGGAUAAGAUCGAGAGCAAACUCAUCGCCAAAGCUGCCAAAGUCAACACCAUCCCAGGCUUUGAUGGUGUUGUCAAGAAUGCAGAGGAUGCUGUGAAAAUUGCAGGGGAGAUCGGCUACCCUGUAAUGAUCAAAGCUUCUGCUGGUGGAGGUGGCAAAGGCAUGAGGAUCGCUUGGAAUGAUGAGGAAACCAGGGAAGGCUUUCGUUUCUCCUCUCAGGAGGCAGCAUCCAGUUUUGGAGAUGACCGUCUGCUGAUUGAAAAGUUCAUAGAUAACCCCAGACAUAUUGAGAUUCAGGUGUUGGCAGACAAGCAUGGCAAUGCUCUGUGGCUGAAUGAGAGGGAGUGCUCUAUCCAGCGAAGAAACCAGAAAGUGGUGGAGGAGGCACCCAGCACCUUUUUGGACCCAGACACUCGGAGAGCGAUGGGAGAGCAGGCCGUGUCUCUGGCUAAAGCAGUGCAAUAUUCCUCAGCUGGCACUGUGGAGUUUCUUGUCGAUUCCAAGAAGAACUUCUACUUCUUGGAGAUGAACACACGUCUACAGGUGGAACACCCCAUCACGGAGUGUAUAACAGGACUGGAUCUGGUGCAACAGAUGAUCCGUAUCGCAAAGGGUUAUAAACUGCAGCACAAACAAUCAGAUGUACCCAUAAAUGGCUGGGCCAUCGAGAGCAGGGUGUAUGCUGAGGAUCCAUAUAAAUCAUUUGGUCUCCCCUCCAUUGGUCGACUGUCUCAGUACCAGGAGCCGCUUGACUUGGCUAAUGUUCGUGUGGACAGUGGAAUUCAAGAAGGAAGUGACAUCAGUAUCUACUAUGAUCCCAUGAUUUCUAAGCUGGUCACGUAUGGUAACACACGAGCAGAAGCUCUGAAGAAAAUGGAGGAAGCACUUGAUAAUUACGUCAUCAGAGGUGUGACUCACAAUAUUCCUCUACUGAGAGAGAUCAUUGUUCACCCUCGGUUUGUGUCUGGUGAUAUCAGCACUAAGUUUCUCCCAGAGGUGUAUCCUGAUGGGUUCAAAGGUCACUUGUUAACAGCAGGAGAGAAGCGAGAGCUGCUGGCCACGGCUGCAGCGCUGUAUGUAGCAGCACAGCUCCGCUCUCAGAAGUUCCUGGGAGAUCUGAGGGUGUCCAGCGUUCCUCCGGAGAGAAGACAAUGGGAGUUGUGUGUGGAGCUUGAUAAAGGUGUUCACAUGCUGGGCGUGUUUCACUCUGAAAACAAAUAUACAGUGGAGAUAGAUGGAGAGAAGGUUGAGGUGUCUGGAGAAUGGAACCUGGCCUCAGGACUGCUGCCCAUCAGCGUCAACGGCAAACACAGGACUCUCCAGUGCCUCUUACGGACAGCGGCUGGAGAAAUCACCCUGCAGUAUCUGGGCACUUCAUUUAAGUUGCGUGUGUUGAGUAAACUAGCUGCGUCUCUCAGUAAGCAUAUGCCAGAGAAGGUUCCGGAAGACACCAGCAGUCUCCUCCGCUCUCCCAUGCCAGGAUCUGUGGUAGCUGUGUCCGUUAAACCAGGGGAUACGGUUGCCGAGGGACAGGAGAUCUGUGUGAUUGAAGCCAUGAAGAUGCAGAACAGCAUGACUGCUGCUAGGACAGCCAAGGUGAAGAGUGUGCACUGUAAAGCUGGAGAUACAGUUGGAGAGGGAGAUCUACUCGUGGAACUUGAGUAAAUAAACAUGUCAAAACUUCUCAUCUGUGCAUUCUGAGGAGAACUUCCGUCGCUGUGGAUGAGCAAAGACACUAGUAGAGUUAGAUGGAACAUUCCUCCACUGUUCUUGUUUUUUGGUUUGUUUCAUGGUUUCACUUAGAAGGAAAUGUCAAAACACUCACAUUCUCUUGUGCCUUGGUCCUCACUGGAGGCUUUACUGUUUGACAUGGAAGUAACCCCCAUUUGGCAUCAAUCCAAGUCACCACAGAUCGUCCAUUUUAUGAAUCAUCAACAACUAACAUGUUUGAAGGCAUUGGUCAUCUUGAAAUGCAGUCAAGGAGAGCUGCUGUCCUCCUCCCUCUCUCUGUGCAUUUAUCUUUCUUUAAAGGAAGUGCUGUUAAUGGUUCUAAUAUGCUAUGAAUAUUUCCGUUACAUCAUUUCUCAAGCUAAUGUUGGCCUAUAUACGUAGUUUUAAUCUAUCAAAUGAUCACUCUUAGUUUGAUAUAAAUCAGUGUUUCCUUUUGAUCCAAGACACAAUCCUGUCCUCAAAUGCAUUAUACUUGUUAAGCAAUAAUAAACUUGUUAAGCAAUAUGCAUGCUAAAUGUCACAUGAUCACUGAGAGUUUUUGACAUUAGUUCUGCCUUGCAUUCUGUACUACAUUUGCUUUGGUUUAUUUCCUAAACUCAACUUAAAAAUUGGACAAGUUGUUCUAGUGUAAGAGUUUGUGUUCUUACUGUAGCUGCACUAUUUAAACAAUUUGCUAUCUGUUUUAAAAUUGUUCAGUAUUUUACUGUUUGUAAAACCAAGAAAACUAGAGGAGUGGACCAUAAUCAGAAGGGAGAGGCAGAUGAGAUUGCUCAGAAACUAAUAGACAGCUGUGGUCAGGAGCCAGAAGACCAGUCGGAGGAGGCUCAGAUGGUGCUGUUUCCUGUAUUUUAGCUACUUGGAUCCACUUUCUGUCUGUGUUUGUUUUCAAGAAACAUUUCUUAUAAUAAAAAUGGUGGAGACUUGCUGUACCUAAUUUAUAACUA